AAGUCUCUCAACUCAUUUUGUUUGGGUUAUAGUUAUUUUCAUUAUAUUGGAAGCGUCAACCUUCUAUUUUUGGGUCAUUAGGUUAUGUGCGCAGGGAACGGAAAACAAAAUUCACAAACAAACAAACCCUAACCAAUUGGGUGAGUAUCGUUUUUAGUUAUAUCCACAAUUAAUCUAUAGAAUUUAUUUUAAAGUAAUUGAAGAUUUUUGUUGUAGUUAAUUUUUUGUUGAUUUUCUCAAGGCUUAUCUGAUGCGUCAGAUCAAAAUCUUUGUGUCAAACCUCUGUCAACUCAGGAUCAGGAUAUGAAAAGUAAAGAUGUUAAAUCAGCAUGCAAGCAUAAUACCACAGCUUAUAAUGAAAAUAUUACGAUGGCUAGUUCUUCACGUCUGGGAGAAGUAAAAAUAUCUUUGAAUUCUGACUCUGCGUUGGGACAACCAAACUUUAGUAUUCCUAAUUUGGAUAUUGUUAUGAAGUUCAUGGAUAAGAAGUACAUUCGCUCUUGCAACACUUUUGAGCCUCAAUUUUCUAUGGCAAAGCUAUUGGAUGACCUUUGCAGGUCUUAUCUCAAGUUGGGAUAUCGAAAGGGAUCAAAUUCCAAGCAUGCCAAUUCACAGCAAUAUGUUAAUCAAGGUGAAAGGAAUCAUUUUCGUUUUAUCCGUGACAUAACAAAAGGUUCAGAAAAGGUGAAAAUAUCAUUAAUAGAUGAAACUGGUAGUGAAGACUUGCCAAAGUUUAAUUACAUACCAUGUAAUAUAAUAUAUCAAAGUACUAUUGUAAAUAUUUCUUUGGCUCGGAUUUCGGAUGAUCAGGGUUGCUGUUCUGAUUGUUCAGGCAACUGUCUUUCCUCACCAUUGCCUUGUCCAUGUGCUCAGGAAACUGGUGGAGAGUUUGCUUACACUCCACAAGGUUUGUUGAAAGAAGAAUUUUUAAUAGCUUGUGUGUCUAUGAAGAAUGAACCUCAAGAUCAUCAUUAUGUGUACUGUCAAGAAUGCCCUUUGGAGAAGUCCAAGAAUGAGUACAUGCCCGAACGAUGCAAGGGGCAUAUGGUUAGGAAAUUUAUAAAGGAAUGUUGGAGGAAAUGUGGGAAUCGGAUAGUGCAACGGGGUAUAACAUGCAAAUUGCAGGUAAGCAAUUCUCCGAAUACUCUUACAACUUAGAGCAUGUUUGGAGUUUUGUUUGGGAUGCUCUAAAUUCAGUUUGGAUAGUAAACUCAGUUUCAUGACGUGUUUGGUUAUCAAAAGUAUGUUUGCUCAGCGCUACGAAUGUUAGUUGUUGAUGAAUACAUCGUCAUCUUCCCGCCUUCUUCAGGUGUUCUCAACUGGUGAAGGAAAAGGCUGGGCCUACCAAAAGGAACUUUUGUAUGUGAAUAUGUAGGAGAAAUAUUAACCAAUACGGAGUUAUACGACAGGAUUAUGCAGGAUAUUGGCAACGAGAGACAUACAUAUCCUGUAACUCUUGAUGCGGACUGGGGCUCAAAACAAGGGUUAAAGGAUGAGGAGGCACUAUGUUUAGAUGCAACAAACAAUGGAAAUGUUGAAAGGCUCAUCAAU